AUGUCCCGCCAGCCGGCGGCAAAGGCCCGGGCUGGUACCGGAGCCAGGAAGGGCCGACGGCCCCGGCAGCCCCCCGCCCCACCGGCCCCGGGUCCCGGUUCGGGCGGGGGAGGCCUCGUCAGGCAGCUCCGAGCUCUCGGCCUCAAGCUGCGGGAGGUGCCGGGCGAUGGCAAUUGUUUGUUUCGGGCCCUUGGUGACCAGCUGGAGGGGCACUCCAGGAACCACCUCAGGCAUCGCCAGGAAACGGUGGAUUACAUGAUAAAGCAGCGGGAGGAUUUUGAGCCUUUUGUGGAGGAUGAUGUGCCCUUUGAGAAGCAUGUUGCCAACUUGGCCAAGCCUGGGACCUUUGCUGGCAAUGAUGCUAUUGUGGCCUUUGCAAGGAACAAUCAAAUCAAUGUGGUUAUUCAUCAGCUGAAUGCUCCUCUCUGGCAGAUUCAAGGCACAGACAAAAACAAGGUGAGGGAACUGCACAUUGCCUAUCGCUACGGAGAGCACUAUGACAGUGUGAGGAGAAUCAAUGAUGAUUCUGAAGCUCCAGCCUAUCUUCAGAUGGAGAGGCUUUGCAAAAAUGAUUCCAGUAAGGAGGAGGAAGUGAAGCCACAGAAGGGUGAAUUUGAAAAUGAGAAUGAAGUUGAAAUGGAAGAUGCUAUACAAAAAGUGUGUAAUGCAACUGGAUGUACAGACACUGAUUUAAUAAGCAGGAUAUUGGAAGUGGAAAACUACAAUAUAGAAUCUGCAAUAUUUGCUAUCUUUCAAGCGAAGGAAAUGGAAAGAAUUGGUGGUGAGGAGCAGAGUGAUCCCCAGAGCCAAGAUCAGAAACUGUGUAGUGGAACCCUGUGGGAAGCAAAUGGAACUGGUUCAAGGGUCUUUGGAAAUGAGCAUUUGCAUCAAGAUGAAAUGGAAAACAGCAAAGGACAGGCUAGAGCUGCUGAAGAGACCCGAUCUGGCAGAAACCCAAAGGUGUCAAAAAAACAGAAGAAGGAACAGCAGCGGUUAGAAAAGAAGAAACGACAGGAGGAAAGGCACAAACAAAGGGUCCUGGGCACCCAGAGUGACUACACAGACAACAGCAGCAGGGACACAGACUCAACCAACCAGGUCACCUUGGUGAAGGCCAUGGCAGCUCUAAACAUAUGACUGAAUGUGUUCUGAGUGCCCUGGUGAGAAAAGCAAAUCAAACUGACAAAGGUAAAAUUCCCCUGAAGCAAAUUUCCAAGCACCCAUUGUUGUCCUACAACCUCUUUCUGUGGAGAUCUCUAAGCAGAGGUGAAUUUUCUGUUUCUUUGGUUUUGCGGUGAACAGUUAUUCAAUAAUUCUGCAUCAGCCUGUGUGUGAUAAGAGUUGUUAGAACUUAAUGAAAAGUAGAGACCUGGUUUUAUAAAUUUUGGAGUGAGAUGAAGGUGAGAACCUUUUCUUCACACAGCAGCAUCAAAUUUGUUUUGAGAUCUCUUGUGCUUCGAUUAUGGUUUUUUCAUAACAACUUUUUACUUGUUUAUGCUUGGAAGAGCUAAUUUUAUCUUGCUGUGAGGGAAAGCUUAACCAUUCUUCACUCAGGAACUUUUUUUUUUCUUCUAUUUAAAUUGAAAUAAAGUAAGGGAACAGAAUCCCAGAAUCCUAUCCAAAGCAAGGUGUUGGCAAACACUGUAUUAAACACAAGAUUCCUCAUUUUGCCCCACGCAAGGAUGCAGUGCUGAGUUUUGAUCUUUCUGAAAUUGCUGUGUUGUUGUUGCACUGGGCUGUUUCAGGAGUGGGUUUGUACAUGAAGGGAGAAUAGGAUUGCUGCCUUCAUGCUUGCUUCUUGCUCACUUUGGGAUUGGCUUGUUUGCCAACUGCUGAGACAUUUUGAGGAAAAAUAUUCAAUACCAGUGGACUACUGAGGCUGCAGAGAUUAUUCAUCCAAUCUGGUGAAGUCUAAUGAGGUGGUAAAAUAUAAUGUGAGCAAGUGUGAGACUUCUGUUGAGCAUUGUUACUUGAACAUUUGGAAUUCCAUCUCCUUUGCUGUACUCUGGAGCUUUUGGGCUAAUCCAGAGCUUUAGGCAUAGUCAGGAACUUGAUAGUCUUUAGUCCACAAAUGAAAUUAGUAUAGCCAGCGGAUUCAGAGUCCUGGGAACAAGCUUCCAAGUAGCAGUGAUCACUGGGAACCCUGCCUACUUCACUCUUCAUAAAUCAAACUUUUUCCACAGUAGGAUAUUUUUUUCAUUUAAAAUUCCUCUUCGGUAAGGUCAGUGAAUACUGUAGAAUGUACAGCUUGGAUCCUGUGAUCUCUUUUCCUAUAGGACUGGGGAUUUGGAUGAAGUGUUACGAGUGUAGUACUUGGCCUCCAAUUUAUGGCUUGCUGUGUUUUAGCUUCACUCAGGUUUUUGGACUUCUGUCAAGCACUAAGCAUGAAGAAAGCACAUGUGCACUUACACACACAAUAGAUAAAAAGAGACACCUCAUCAGCCAGGGUAGAGGCAAAAUAGAUAUUUUUUGAUAGUAAGGAACAUUGCUUUUGAAAAUUUUCCAUGUUUUCAAGAUCUGCAGAUGCCUUUUUUGAAUGAACUGUCAAGAUCAGAGCUGGUACUUCUUCAUAUGUUCCACUACUGCUUAUCAAGAUUGUUUGAAGAAUAAAAGAAGGGAGUUCUACUCUUAAGUACUGGGGGUGUAGAACAGGCUUAGGGAUGGUAAAGAAGUUCCUUUUGUUCCUGUAAUGAGCUUGGCAGAGAUAAAGUCAAACAAAGCAGCUCUUGGGCUUUAUGGUGGGACACAGUGUCUGGUGAGUAAAGCAGUGUGUCAAGUGCUGCUCCAAAUGCCAGUAGUAGGUGUGAGUAACUCUUGUGGAGGGAAGUCUGAAUAGUAUUUCUUAAGUAAGAGGAUUCUUAUGCUCCAAGCCUGGAGAACUGUGGAGGGAGUUGUCCCAUAGACAUCUUAAACAGCAGAGAGAGGCUGUCCUUCAGCUUGUGGCCUCAGAUAUCCUUAGCCAAAUAUGUGGCUGAAAAAGCUUUAAUUUCCAAGUGUUAUACAAUUAAAACAAUGUCUUAAUGUACUGGGCUCAUAAGUCUUAUUAGAUUAGUCAAGUUAUCUUCAUUUUUUGCCAGGGUAGCUUUGUACCUGCACAACGAUUUGUAUCCAAAGAUGUUAAAAAUCUCAUUCUGUCUUUUGCAGUUUGUUUCUUUAGCUGUUGAAAUUCCCACCCACCUUUUCAAUGUGUUUUUUAUUUUAGGGAAACCUUAUGCAGCAUUCCUCAGGGAACUUUCUUUUCUGCAGAGAAUUUGCUUUCUAAAACAGGUUGUGGAUUUUCUUUGCCAGGAGGACAGGGAGGCGAGGAAUAAGCAGAGAUCGUGAUUCAUAGCUCAUGUUUACUCUUCGGUGGAGUUAAGCUUGCUUUGUAAUAUGCUGUCAUAGGACAAUAAGUCCUGUGUGUUCCCUUGGGAUUUGGGGAGGAUUAGUGUUUAUUGCUAUCUUACAUCUUGGAGGUUUACAGCCGGGAGUGGGUCGGGAGUGCACUCUGCUGCUGGACUGUUUGGGUUGCUGUUGACCUCCUGAAGGUGUGUACAAGGGUAGAACUAUGUGGAAAGCUGCUUUUCCUGCAUCCUAUCUACCACUGUCAUCUUUCCCAGGCUUACUUUUUUCCAAAUCCUGUCCCUGCAGGUAAGAAGUUCAGCUGAACUGGAAGUUUUUUAGAAUUUGGCCAGGUUCUGACUGAUACCCUGGAGUUUAUUCGCCUGACAAAAUGGUUUUUUCUGCUCUGCUACUCAGUUUCUGGUGUGCCCCAUUCCUUCCCAGGGGGCUGCCUUUAGGUUUAUUUCACACCUUCUCCUCAUCUGCAGAGCCUGAACAGCAGCAGAAAUUGGCUCAUCCCUGGCAGCCACAUCUGCAGUGCUCAUGGAUCCCUUUUCUCUUGGAAUCUGUUGAAACUACACCAGAGUUUUCAUCUUUUCCCCCUGUGGACUCUCAGCAGAGCUCUUGCUCCUCUUACCAAACCAAACCUCUGGUUUUUGGAUGCUGAGGGCAAUAAAAUUUGUGAAGAUG